AUGGAGGAGGGGGCGCCGCGGCAGCCAACUAGCUCCGGCCCGCAGCCCCUGGAGGAGGAGAAGGAGGCCCUCCGACGGGCCAUCCAGAAGGAGCUGAAGAUCAAGGAGGGCAUGGAGAACCUGCGGCGUGUGGCCACCGACCGCCGCCACCUGGGCCACGUGCAGCAGCUGCUGCGGGCCUCCAACCGCCGCCUAGAGCAGCUGCAUGGCCAGCUGCGAGACCUUCACGCUCGCAUCCCGCUGCCCGCGCCUGUGCCUGGCCCAGCCGAGCCUGUGUCCUCGGGACCCUGGCCUUGGGCCGAGCAGCCGAGGGCCCGGCACCUGGAAGCCCUGCGGAGGCAGCUGCAGGUGGAACUGAAGGUGAAGCAAGGGGCGGAGAAUAUGACACACACAUGCGCCAGUGGCACCCCAAAGGAGAGGAAGCUCCUGGCCGCAGCCCAGCAGAUGCUACGCGACAGCCAGCUGAAGGUGGCCCUGCUACGCAUGAAGAUCAGCAGCCUGGAGGCCAGCGGGUCCCCUGAGCCAGGCCCUGAGCUGCUGGCAGAAGAGCUGCAGCACCGACUGCACAUUGAGGCGGCCGUGGCCGAGGGCGCCAAGAACGUCGUGAAGCUGCUAGAUGGCCGGAAGACACAGGACCGCAAGGCCCUGGCUGAGGCCCAGGCCGAGCUCCAGGAGUCCUGCCAGAAACUGGACCUGUUGCGGCUGGCCUUGGAGCAGCUGCUGGAAGGCCUGCCCCCGGCCCAUGCUCUGCGCAGCCACCUGGCCCGGGAGCUGCAGGCUGUGGGGCCUGGGAACCCCCGGCCUUCAGGGGCGCUCGUGAAGCCCACUGCCCUGACAGGGACCUUGCACGUCCGCCUGCUGGGCUGUGAGCAGCUGCUGACCACUGUGCCUGGGCGUUCUCCGAUGGCUGCACUGGCCAGCAGUCCCUCCGAGAGCUGGCUGUGGGCCCGGGCCAGGCAGCCGCGGGGUGGAGGCGGGCUGACCAGCGAGGUGCUGGCCGUGCUGAAGGUAGACAACCGUGUGGUGGGCCAGACGGGCUGGGGGCCGGUGGCCAGGCAGUCCUGGGACCAGACUUUUGUCACCACCCUGGAGCGUGCCCGUGAGCUGGAGGUCGGUGUGCGCUGGCGGGACUGGCGGCAGCUGUGUGGUGUGGCCUUCCUGAGGCUCGAGGACUUCUUGGACAACACCUGUCACGAGCUGUCUGUCAGCCUGUUGCCACAGGGGCACCUAUUCCUCCAGGUGACCUUCUGUGACCCUGUGGUUGAGAGGAGGCCCAGGCUGCAGAGACAGAAACGCAUUUUCUCCAAAAGAAGAGGGCAGGACUUCCUGAGGGCAUCCCAGAUGAACCUCAGCAUGGCGGCCUGGGGGCGCCUGGUCAUGAGCCUGCUGCCACCCUGUAGCUCACCUAGCACCAUCAGCCCUCCCAAAGGCUGCCCUCAGACUCCAACAGCUCCGCGGGGGGCUCCAGAGCCCACCUCCCCCAGUAACUUCCCGCCCAAGAAGAGCCCCUUGGGACAAGAGAUGAGGCCCCCGCCCAAGCCCCCUCGCCUCUAUCUGCCGCAGGAGCCGACCCCCGAGGAGACCCCGCGUACCAAACGCCCGCACAUGGAGCCCAGGCCUGGACUGGCAGCAGCCCCGCCGGCCUCACUCACCGGGAAGGCCCCCCGACUCCAGGACUUCCGCUGCCUGGCCGUGCUGGGCCGGGGACACUUUGGGAAGGUGCUCCUGGUGCAGUUCAAGGGCACAGGGAAGUACUACGCCAUCAAGGCACUGAAGAAGCAGGAGGUGCUGAACCGUGAUGAGAUUGACAGCCUGUACUGUGAGAAGCGGAUCCUGCAAGCCGUGGGCCGUGCCGGGCACCCCUUCCUGCUCUCGCUCCUCGCCUGCUUCCAGACCUCCAGCCACGCCUGCUUUGUGACUGAGUUUGUGCCUGGGGGUGACCUUAUGAUGCAGAUCCAUGAGGACGUCUUCCCGGAGCCCCAGGCCCGCUUCUACACGGCCUGUGUGCUCCUGGGGCUGCAGUUCUUGCACGAAAAGAAGAUCAUUUACAGGGAUCUGAAGUUGGACAAUCUCCUGCUGGACGCCCAGGGCUUCCUCAAGAUAGCGGAUUUCGGGCUGUGCAAGGAAGGGAUCGGCUUUGGGGACUGGACAAGCACGUUCUGUGGCACUCCGGAGUUCCUGGCCCCUGAGGUGCUGACACGGGAGGCCUACACGCGGGCUGUGGACUGGUGGGGGCUGGGCGUGCUGUUGUACGAGAUGCUGGUGGGGGAGUGCCCAUUCCCAGGGGACACAGAGGAGGAAGUGUUUGACUGCAUCGUCAACACGGAUGCCCGGUACCCCCACUUUCUCUCAGUCCAAAGCCUGGAGCUCAUUCAGAAGCUCCUUCAGAAGACCCCCGAGCAGCGGCUGGGGGCAGGUGUGCAGGAUGCGGAGGAGAUCAAGGUGCAGCCAUUCUUCCAGGCCAUCGACUGGCACGCUUUGCUGGCCCGCGCCGUCCGGCCUCCCUUCGUGCCCACAUUGUGCAGUCCCGCUGACCUGCGCUACUUUGAGGGCGAGUUCACCACGCUGCCACCGGCCCUGACUCCGCCCCGCCCGCCGAGUGCUCUCACCGCCCGCCAGCAGGCCGCCUUCCAGGACUUCGACUUUGUAUCUGAGCGUUUCCUGGAGCCCUGAAGGGCCUCCCCCGGCCCCUUGCCCAGGCCAGACCGGCAGAGCCAGUACUCGCGCGCCACCUGCAGGCCCAUGCUGUCCUCUGG